AUGGGACCGGCUGAGGCUGCCUCUUCGCCCGUGUUCCCCGUCUUGGACCCGAUCGUUGUCGACGACGACAUGGACGCCGCCUACCAGGACCCCAAUCUCGACUUUCUGGACCCGUCAGGCCUGUCUGCUACGACCGAGAGUGCUGGCCGAGACUUCGACGACCUCUUUGCCCGUUCCACGUCUUCCCGCACCGUCACCGACUCGGAAUCCACGUGUUUGUCGCCGGCGGACUUGUCUGCGAAGCGACCGUACCCCGAAGCCGACCUGCUGAAGCCUAGCGUCGUGAAAUCAGAUUCCCCCGCGGAAUCGCCCGAUGAUUCGAGUCGCAGUUCGUCCUCAGAGUCGCCCCGCAACCACAUUCGAACCUCGUCGCACGCCUCGAGCGCCGUGUACAGCGAGAAUCCAAACAUGCCUUUCGGCUACACGACGGAGGAUUGGAUAAACCCGGAGUUGAUGCCGGUCAAGGAGGAGGACUCUUUCUCUUUUGAUCCGUCCGUGUCGCUCAUCGAUGGCCAAUUUGGCACGGAGCCGGAUCCCACCGAGAAUGUCAUGAUGAACUCCGCCUUCGAUUUCGAAAGCGCCGCCAGUAGUCCGAGUCCGUUGAAGACCGAUCCGCCUCCGCAACCAACCCAACGGAACUCCAAGAGCCAUUUUCGCAGCGCAUCUAAUCUCACCGCUCGGCAAUCGUCAUCUCCGAAUUUCUCAGCAGGAUCCUCUUACUUCAACAUCGGUACCAAAGAGCCGUCCCCGUUUUCGGCCUCGAAGUUCCCCGUCAAAGUCAAAUCCCCCUCGAACCAGUGGGGAAGCCCUUCCCCCUCUUCACUUCUAGAGGAAAGCUUUGGUGGAAUCAAUAUGAACGGCAGUUCCCCUUUGAAUUCAGGAUUGAAUUUCCCACCUACCGCAUUUAAUUUUGGCCUCAACUUUGCGCCGUCUCCCGCACCAAGCACUGUCAAGCCGGAAUCCCCCCAGCGUCAUAUGUUGACCGUUCAUCCGACGUCUCUCAAGUCCCGCGUGGAAACACAGAUCCCUAUCCGAUUGACACUCUUCCCGUUGCCCACCGGCGUCAGGAAAGUAAGGCUUCCUAGCCAUACGAUCUCGAAACCGAAAUUCCUCGCGCCUGCGUCCGCCGAACGGUCCGCCGAAGUCGUCGAAUUGCACACCAGUCUUGUUUGUACAAGUGCAAUGCAGGACCAAGUAAAACUCAAGAAGGCGUUUGCUCGCGCGAGAGGCGAGGAUCGCUACCGUUCGUCGAGUUCGAGUCCCCAAACACUUAGCGACCUGCCGGAAGACGAGAAACCUCUGGAUGGCGGCGAAGUGAAGAUCUGCACCGGUUGUAUCCAGCGUGAACGGAAGCGGGCUUUUCGGAAGAAGCAGAGAAAACCGGAGGAAGACGAACUGUUCCAGAAAGACGAAGAGAAGAGAGUUAUCGUUUUUAACACAAAUGAGAUCAAAGAGUGGACCGAGCCGUCUAAAAACUCCAUGCCCGGAUAUGGGGACGCUCCAGGACCUAUCAUUCCCGCCGGCGCAAUGCAGGUCGAAUUGCCUAUGCGAAUCGCGUGCUAUUGCCGGCACCAGAAUGAGAAGCUUGGAUUCCAGGUCAUCUUUACGGUGAAGGACUAUAAGGACAAUGUUAUUGCCCAGGCAAUCACUAACUCGAUCAUGAUCACCGAUGACCACAAGACCCACGCGCCCCCUGCGGCCCCGGCACCUGGACCCUCCCCUGCUUUGCCAGAUGGGACACAACUCCCCGGUGUUGGUGUCUUCCCGUCAGGCCCUAGCGUUGAGCAAGGAAAGGCGCCCCAGCAGGCACCAUCGCCAUCCGCAACUGAUCUUCAAGGGUUGCAGCAAAGGUUCAACUCCCAAUACCAGCUCAACGGGGGUUCUUUCUCUUUGUCGCAAACCCAGACAAACGGCGCCGGGCCAUCCAACUCGCAACCCUCUCGGAGUCUCUCCCGCCAAACGUCACCGAACGAUUUCCAGGGACCGAUGAGCAAGCGGCGCAAACAUAGCAACUCCGGACGGGUCCCAUCGGAGUUGACCAUGACCAAGCUCGAAGGCGUGCAGUCUUCUGCCGGCGUCUCCAAUACAUCGGGUCUGGGCAACGACACCCAGUUUUCGGCCCCGCGUGGAUUUGCUUCUCCUGUCGAAAGGCCUUUUGUCACGUCGACCGGGAUGUCAAAUCAAUUUGCAACUGGCCCACCGACACCUGGCAGCGGUGACAACAACCCGUUUUUCAACCCCUCCGCGCAACAAAGCCUGGAUAGUUUCAUUCAGCAGCAGCUGAUGUCCGCCCCCAACUCGGCCCAACCGAGCCGUCCUGGGACACCUGGGGGUUCUUCUCGCAACACGUUCCAAGACCAGAGUCUCAACCUUUCAUUGGGCCCGAGCCCCUCGACUCCCAUGUGGCCGCCCAUAACCAACGCCGGCAACCGAUUGCCUUCCGUCAUUCACAAGCUGGUCCCUGCCGAGGGUUCUAUCACGGGAGGGACAGAAGUAACGCUCUUAGGAAGUGGCUUCUAUCCUGGUAUGGAGGUUGUUUUCGGUGAUACAUUGGCCACGACGACCACAUUCUGGGGCGAUAAAUGUCUUAAUUGCUUGACUCCGCCUUCGCUCCAUCCCGGCAUGGUGGCAGUCGUUUUCAAGCAUGAGCAUCCUACUUUUGGUCAACUGCAACCAGCUCAGCCCCUGAUGCCUAAACAGCAGCAAUUCUUCCGCUAUGUGGAUGACCGCGAACUGCAAAUGUACCGUCUUGCCCUCGGCAUUCUCGGACAGAAACUCGGAAGUCAAGCAGAUGCGUUCCAGACGGCACAACAAAUCAUGGGUAGCGAUACGAAAUCCAUGUUUAAUCUUCCAAAGGAUUUCCAGGGCAGCUCGGGCGGCCAUCAGCGCCAGGUCCCUGGAUGGGAGUCGCAGGGCGAACUGAGUGACCUGGAUUCGAAGAUGUUGACCUAUCUCGAGUUCAUUGACCUCGAUGACAACCCACGCCCGCCCAAGUACAACAGCCGCGGCGGAACUGGCCAAACCCUUCUUCAUUUUGCGUCCUCUCUGGGGCUUACCCGAUUUGUUGCGGGGCUUCUUGCCAGAGGCGCAAACCCGGACGUGCAAGAUAGCACUGGCAACACACCCAUGCAUUUGGCAGCUCUGAAUGGUCAUGCCCACAUUGUUCAUCGACUGCGCCUGGCUGGUGCUAAUGUCAACGCCCGUAGUGUUCGAGGCUUCACUCCGGCUGACCUGGCCACGACAUUGUCGGCGCACCAAGCGGCUCUGGUUCCUGCGCGUCACUACCGCUCGCGUAGCGUUGGGUCCCUGACCUCGUCGCGACGCAGGCAUAGCAGCUCGGCCUCGCUCCAUUCCAUGUGGGAGUCUUCUUCAGGCUCCUUUGAUAAUGCCGUUGACGAUUCUGAUGAUGAGGAAGAGACUGAGGAGGACGAGGACGACGUCGGGUUCCCAGCGUCACGACGGGCAAGCGUUCAUCAAGAUGCACCCCCUCCGAUCUCGCCCCCUGAACAAUCGAGGCCCGAGGAAGAUGCACGGCCAUUUUCUCCGCCGGCGGCCCUCGUUGCUUGGCGAAACCAGCUUCAGGCCCAGAUCAACCAAUUCCAGCAGAGCGUUUCCAAUGCGUUCCCUAACCUGCCUGCUUUGCCGCCUAUGCCGGCUCUGCCCGACUACCAGGCUCAUCCGAUGAUGCGACGCAUUACGAACCUCGUCCCGCACCGGCCCACGACUUCGCGGUCGGCGAAGGACGGCUGGUGGGACAUGCUGACGGGUAACUCUGCCCCUAACCCUACCGAGUUACCCUCCUACGAAGAUCUCUUCCCAGACCAAGAGGAGGACGAGGCAGAAGCGGCGCGAGUCAAGAAAUCAAGCAUGCUGCAAGCAGCGACGGAGGCUGCUUUGGACCAGCAUUUCGAAGCCCAGGUCCUCGAACAAGCCAGCUCGUCCCAGGCCCCUACGGCCAAGCAGGACAAGGAUGACCUCAAAGACAUCCGCAUUGGCCGUAAAGUGAUCUCUCGUGAACAGCAGAAGCACCUCCGGGAGCAGCAGGCUCAGAGAAUGAAGGGACUUGGCAACGACCGGAACCUCUACUUUAUUUGGAUACCUCUUUUGAUCCUGGUUAUCGGUGCCUGGAUUCGCAGCUACGUUCCAGGUAUAUGGCAGGGAUUCUCCAGUGGGUACGAGUUUGUCAAGUCUCGCUAUGCGCAACGCGCCCUGGAUAUCGGGGCCUAG